AUGGCUGACCCAGCGACGAGAUCCGUCAACGGACCACAUUGGCGUGUCCUGGCAGUUGUCUGCACCAUGAUGUGGGGUGUCUACUUCAUGAACCAUGUGGUCUAUGAUCUGCCCGCAUCUUUGUCCGUCGCGCUGUCAAAGCAUCUUUCGCUUUCCGGACCCCACUACGCUUACCUGCUGUCAACCCUCUAUACCGUCUAUGCGGUCCCGAAUUGCAUUCUGCCUUUCUUCUCGGGACCGGCCGUGCAGCGGUAUGGAGAGAGGGCAGUUCUUCUAAUCACUGUCACUAGUGUGAUUGCCGGACAAUUGCUCUUUGCUCUUGCAGUCCAGAUCCGGUCUCCGCUGGGGCUGAUCCUUGGACGUGUCUUGAUCGGGUUGGGCGGAGAGGUCAUUGGCGUGUUGGCAAGCGAAAUCAUCACCCGCUGGUUCAAGGAUAAGCAGUUAUCCUUGGCUCUAGGUUUGAAUCUAGGCGUAUCCCGACUAGGGAGUGUCGCUGGCUCGGCCUUCAUCCCUAUGAUAAUCGAGAGUUCCAGUGUAGUAUCAGCAACUUGGAUCGGAACGCUAUUAUCACUAGGCGCCAUUGCUAUCAGUGUCGCCAGUCUUCACGCCCUCACGAAUGCCGUAUCCGGACAGACAACCGCUCCAGAUACCGGCUCCUCUGUGGUUCCCCUGCGCCAGCUUCCUCGCAUAUACUGGCAUCUGAGUCUCAUCUGCGUCCUGGGAUACGGAGGCAUCAACACCUUCACCAAUUCCGCGCAGCGUUUUCUGGCAGCAUGGUUCUAUCACGGUGAUCAACGAGCGGCGGGGCUCGCGACCAGUAUCCCAUACGCCCUUUCAGGAGUGCUCGUCCCCGUAUUCGGCCUCUUACUGGACUUGCCGUGGUUCCGAAGCUGUCCCCGCGCCUUGAUCGCCUCCAACUUCCUGCUGGCACUAGCCCACCUCCAGUUCAUUUCGCGGGUCAUGCCGAUCAUGCCACUGUGUCUGCUUGGCAUCGCCUUUGCGCUCUACGGCGUCGCUUUCUGGGCCGCGGUCGCACAGUCCCUUGUGUUCGCCGUCCAGUCAUGGCCGAGUCAGAAUUCAAACAAUAGCGAUAGCUCGCGAGAGUUUGCUCGUGAGGGUGGGUACGAAUCUAUUCGAUCGUCGACCGACAGCGAAGACACGCAAGGGGAAUCGUCUGACCUUGCAGACAGUAUCCAUGAAGACCAUGAAAAGGCCAUCAUGACGCUUGGGUUUGGGAUCAUGACCAGCUUACUCAAUGCGAGUACGGCUGUAGUACCUAUUCUGCUCGCUGAAACGGAAGAAAGGGCGGGCUUCGAUGGGCUAGAACGUGUUUUUCUGGCGCUGGCUGUGCUGGGACACCUUGCAUCUGUGCGGUUAGCUUGGAUAUGGAAGAUUUGA